AUGGCUAAUUUCUCAAUCGAUAACCUUGCAUAUGUUAAUGAACAUCUUGCAGCUAAUAAUUAUUUGAAUGGUGAUCACCCAGGAGCUGAUGAUGCCAAAUUCUUCAUUGCCUUGAAUGGUAUGCCACCCAAGAAAUAAUUUCCAUAAAUUUAUUUUUGGUAUUUAAAUCUCAAUUUGUUUGCUCCAGCUACUAGAGCUUAAUGGAUUUCGGCUGCUUCACCAAAAAAGUAAGAACUGAAGAAGGAUGCACAUAAAAAGAAGUAAUAAAAGUAAGCUGGCAAUGAUGAUAUCAAUCACUUUGAGAAUGAUAAUGUUGAUGCUGAAAUAAAGGUUAAGGCUGAGUAAAGAAAAGCAAAAACCUUGGCCCAGAAUAACCAAUAAAAGCCUGUUGUUAAGAAAAUGGUGAUCUUUGAAUUUAAGUUAUUUGAGACCAUCGAUUAAGCCUAAUUGGAAUAGAUAGUCAAAAAGAUCAAGGAUAAUAUCAAUCCAAAUGGUUUAGUUUGGGGGUAGAAUGUCGAUUAUAAAGACAUCCCAUUUGGAGCCAAGAAGAUUGUUAUGUCAAUGAUCAUUGAAGAUGACAAGAUUAUUAUCGAAGAUAUAUUUGAUCAAAUAACCAGUUUGGAAGAUGAUAUUUCGGUUGUGGACAUCGUAUCGCCAUGUAGGUUGUGA